CCCUCCCCUCCCUCCGAGUGUGUGUCAGUGACCCAGAGCGGUGUGAGGCGGAGGGACCGUCGGGGGGCGCCGCCGCGGCCGCCGCCUCCACCAGCAGCACCAGCGGCGCCGCGCGUUCGGUUUUGCCUCGAGCCCUUCGGAAGCGCACCACAAAGCGGGCUCCGUGCCUCUCCCUCCGCCCGCGGCUCCUCAGCGCUCGGCUCCGUGGCCAACUUCCCUCGCGGGGCUUGGCCGGCUCGUGUAGAAGGCGGCGGCAGAACGCUGGGCUGUCUGCUCGCGCUCCUCGCGUACGCACACCUCUCACCCCCUCGCUCCGGGUCUCGGGGCCGUGCUGGAUUGCGGCCACCAGUAAUUGUCCGGAGAUAAUGCUAAAGUGUCCAAGGCUCCUGACCAGUGAACAAAGAUUUGAGAAAGACAGCCAAGCUCAUUUUUCUCCUGAUCAAGAAAUCAUCCCUUCCAAAGCACCAGUAAAAUAUGGUGAACUCAUUGUCUUAUGGUAUAAUGGAUCUCUCCCUAACGGCGAUAGAGGAAGAAAAAGUAGGUUUGCUUUGUUUAAAAGACCUAAGGCAAAUGGGGUGAAGCCCAGCACUGUGCAUAUUGCUUGUACUCCUCAGGCUGCAAAGGCAAUAAGCAACAAGGACCAGCACAGCAUAUCGUAUACCUUAUCUCGGGCCCAGACAGUAGUGGUUGAAUAUACUCAUGACAGCAACACUGAUAUGUUUCAGAUUGGUCGGUCAACUGAAAGUCCAAUUGAUUUUGUAGUAACUGACACAGUUCCCGGAAGCCAAAGUAAUUCUGAUACACAGUCCGUGCAAAGCACUAUAUCAAGGUUUGCCUGUAGAAUCAUAUGUGAACGGAAUCCCCCCUUUACAGCACGGAUUUAUGCUGCAGGAUUUGACUCAUCAAAAAACAUCUUCCUUGGGGAGAAGGCUGCCAAAUGGAAGACAUCAGAUGGGCAGAUGGAUGGUUUGACCACUAAUGGCGUUCUUGUUAUGCAUCCACGCAAUGGGUUCACAGAAGACUCCAAGCCUGGAAUAUGGAGAGAAAUAUCAGUGUGUGGAAAUGUGUUCAGCCUGCGGGAAACCAGAUCAGCUCAGCAGAGAGGAAAAAUGGUGGAAAUUGAAACCAAUCAAUUACAAGAUGGCUCGUUAAUUGACCUCUGCGGUGCAACAUUGCUGUGGCGUACUGCAGAAGGCCUUUCCCACACUCCUACAGUGAAGCAUUUAGAAGCUUUAAGACAGGAAAUCAAUGCAGCACGACCUCAGUGCCCUGUCGGGUUCAACACACUAGCGUUUCCUAGUAUGAAGAGGAAAGAUGUUGUGAUAAAACAACCAUGGGUAUAUCUAAACUGCGGCCAUGUGCAUGGCUAUCAUAACUGGGGAAAAGAAGAACGUGAUGGAAAAGAUCGUGAAUGUCCCAUGUGUAGGUCUGUUGGUCCCUAUGUCCCUCUGUGGCUUGGAUGUGAAGCUGGAUUUUAUGUGGACGCCGGCCCUCCAACCCAUGCGUUCAGCCCAUGCGGGCAUGUGUGUUCAGAAAAGACAACUGCCUAUUGGUCCCAGAUCCCACUUCCUCAUGGUACUCAUACUUUUCACGCAGCCUGCCCCUUUUGUGCACAUCAGUUGGCUGGUGAACAAGGCUACAUCAGACUUAUUUUCCAAGGACCUCUAGACUAACAGACAGUUGUCCUCCAGGACUACAUUAUAAAUUUAUAAGCUAAGUGAGUUGGGUUUUCCAACCUGUUGUCCAUGUCACAGUUUCUCUGCUCUGGUCAUUUGCAUUAAGAUGAAGAAUUUUUUUAAACAUUUAUAAUAAAUAGCAACAAUUUCUGAUCAAAAAAUCUGGGAAACUCAAGAAAAGAAUUUCUGAAAGUACCAGACUUCUGAAUUCUGAGUUUUGAAAAUCUAUUUUGAGGAUAAAAAGACAUAGUCUAAUUUGUUGCCUUCCUUUUAGUGUUUUUGAAUCACCCAUCCUCAGUGUUGAAAAAUUGUUUUAUAUAACUGAGGGUACUGUUGGUUCAAACUAUGUUAGUUUACAGUUUGUUGCAAACAUUGUAAAAUACAGCAACGUGUAUAUUAACUUUUUUCUAUUUAUCUUUAUUAUAGAAAAUAUCUUAGAAUGUUCUUGAUAGAGUAGCAUGGUAACGAUGGUGUCACACUCAUGGUGUGAAUGGUAGUUUAGCGAGUAUAGCUCAAGGAUUUGCAAGCUUAGAAAGAAGGACAAGAGAGCCUCUCCCCACCCCCCUUCUAAAUAUGGAAUUUGGUAAAUUAGAAUACUUUGUAAAACCAAAUUCAUAUUAAUUACUAUUGUGUAAGAGCUGUUUGUUUUUAACCACGUUGAAUAUAAUCAGGAAAGUUCUUUUUCUUAAUGUUUCUCUCUCAAGUAUAGUAUAUAACGAAAACUUAAUGCUAAGAAACAUUUUAUAUGCUCCGUUGAAUAUGCAAUUUAAUCUAGAUUAUCUAUUUUUCUCCCAUGAUAACUAAUCUGUUUUUAGUACCAGCAACAUUUGGCAAGUUUAUUUUUUAGAUAUAAACUGUGGUUCAUCUGUUCACUGUUUCUAGAAAAAAAUCAUUCUCAUGAGAAAAAGCAUAAAUUAACAAGGAAGAGAGUGACUUGAUUUGCUUUUAGAAAAAGAAAUGCUUAACUAAUUGAUUAUUCUGUAUGUGGUCUUACCCAGGCAUUAAGAAAUCUAGAAAGAGAUAAAGGGUUGAAUGACAACAGUGCCCCCUUCUUUUUAACCUAGCAGACCAGCCUUAACUGUGUGGGCUUUGAAUUCUAAGGAGAGUUGCCACCGUGUGACUCGAGGAAAUGUUUGGUUGGCAGAUGAGCGCCAUUGACAGCCGAGUAAAGGAACAUACUUGCACGGUAUGUUUAUUCUCUAAUUCCAAUGAGUUCUUUGCUUCAAGAAGCAAGAAAAUGUUUCUUCACUCCCUCCCCUCCCCUUUUCAUAAUGUACCACAAGGGACACAUAGACAGUUGCACUACAUCAAACCCUUUGUGACCUUGUAGAAAUCAGUACACUUUUAGAUUAGACAGGAUCUUUUUUUUUUUUAAUCUUCUGAUUUGUGUUCCUUUAGUUUGAAAGUUGUGUAAUACUUAAUUGACUCUAGCAAAUUUUUGUAUGUGGUAGUAUAGCUUUAAUUUAUCAUAACUAUUACUAUGCUGUUCUGAAUUUUCUUUUAGUUUAAAAAAAAAAAACCUGUUGCUUAGAAGCCAUGAACUAUUUUUACUUUAAUUGAACUUGUCAGAAUUUCCUUGUUUUUAAAAAUGAUCAUUUGGGUUCACUCAGGAAAUGCAUGUCAGGAAACUUGUAUUAUAAGUUUACUAGUUGUGAUGUAUCAGUAACUGCUGUUAUCCCCUUUUCAAAGAAAUAUAAUUGAUUUUGAAGUUUUCCACAUAGUCACAUGCUUUGUGACUAAUGCAAGGAAAUCAAGUCCUGUGUUGUAUUUGUUCUAGUCAUUUCUAUUCAGGCUAUAUAUUGUAGCUAAUUUUUAUUUGCAAUUAAUUUAUUCAAACUAAGUAAAUACUUUUCAAAAUAGAUACUUGAAUUUGUCUCUGUGAGUUCAUUAUUGCAUAACUGAGAAUGGGAAACCAGACACAAAAACUUGUGGACAAAUCUACCUCUCCCCCACUUCAAAAAUACUCACUUUAAAUAGGUGAAGAAUUUGCAUUUAAUGUAACGCUUUAAAUCGCUGGUCCUCUUGGGAACGCAUCUGUUACUUAUUAAUAAAGGAACUUUGUGUAGUGGUUGAAUAAUUGAGGCUUUAGUUAAGUCCUGCUGAGAGUUGGCUCUUUGCAAGUUGAAUACUAGACUGUUUACACAGUGCCUCGAUGUCCAUGAAAGGUCCACGUUCUUCUCAAAGUGCCUGAAUUUUCUCCUCCCAGCUAUGAAAAGUCUGAUUCAUUUUCUAUCAAAUUCAAGUUUUGAAAACUCAGGCUAUUUAAAUCAUUAGGUGUUUUUCUGUUCAAGCAUUUUGAAUAUUGGUUCCGUCAUUCUGCCUAUAUCUAAUGAAACACUUUUACCUACUCAGUUGUAUUAAGGGAAUGUCAGUAUUCUGGCCAAGGAGAAAAAGUUGCAUUUAGGUCUCCCAAAGGUAAUCUUUAUGGCUUAACUCUUUUAUGAAAGUGAUCUAAUUAUCUAAAUACUUCCUUAAUUUGUAUAGGGAAUUUCCCUUCAUCUAACAUUUUAGGGUCAUGAAGCAAGAAAGAGUAAAUAUCCAGAAGGAGGAGUCUUUUACCAGGCUAUCUUCCUGAAGCUGUAAUUGCUUACUUCCAUCAUUUAAAAAACAUGCUGACACAUGCAAAAUAGUAUAGGGGUAAAUAAUCAUGUAAUAAAUCUAUAAUUACAUCUAACAUGAAUACUGCUACUCUACUCUUCCCUCAGGAUACCUCAAGAACCAUGUGUGAUGCAUGACCUUCUGACAUAUAGACUGAGCAAGUGAGUGAGGGCACCAAUGAAAAUCCAUCCAUUAUUUCUUUAAAUUUAUAAGAUAAAUAUAAUUUUAACACUUUGGCCCCUCAUUGUGAUGGAUCAUUUUGUGGUAUCCCACCUUAGAGACCACUGGCUAAAAGAUAGGUGAUCCAUUCUUUUGUGUUUAUGUUCUAAGCAUUAACCCUGUAGCAAAUGAGAUUAUCAAAAUACUGCUUACUGAACUGCAUUAUUCUUUCUGUCUCCUACUCCCACUUUCAGAAGUAAGUAUGCUUUUAGUCCAUGCCCUCAAGU